AGUCACACCCCAGCCCCACCCCCGAGCCACCCACCCCCCCGCCAGACCCAUACCCACCCAGCCCCAUCCCCACCCCCCACACACACCCCCGCCCCCCCCCCCCCCCCCUCCCGCCCCCCCCAGACCCAACCCCACCCCCACCCCCAUCCCCCCCCCACCCUCCCCCCCACCCCCACCCCCCCCCCCCCCCCCCAGCCCAGGCCCCGCCCCCCCCCAGCCCCCCCAGCCAGCUAGCCCCAGGCCCCCAGCCCCACCCCGAGCCCACCCACCAGCCAUCCACCAGCACCCCCCCCCCCCCAGCCUGCCCCUCCACCCCCCCCCCAGGCCCAGCGCCCCACCCCACCCACACCCCCCCCCCAGCACCCCGCAGCCCACCCCAGCCCCAGCAGCUCCCCCCCACCCCCCCCACCUCGCCCCCCCCUCCAGACCAGCCCCCCAGCCCCCCCCCACCCCACACAGCCCACCCCCAGCACACCCACAGAGCCCCACCCCUCACCCAGCCCACAGCCCCCAAGCCCCCACCAAAGCCCCAGCCCCCCCCCCCCCAGACAGCCCCCCCCCCCCCCCCCAGCCCCUCCCGCACACCACCCACCCCACCCCCACACCCGAGCCCCAGCACCCCCCCACGCCAGCCAGUCCCCCCCAACCCCAGCAGCCACCACGCCCCCCCACAGCCCCCCCCCUCCCCCCACCGCCACCCCCACCCCCCAGCCCCCACAGCACCCACCCCACCCCCCCAGCCCCCCCCCAUCCACCCCAGCCCACCACCCCCCAGCCCCAUCCACCCCGCCAGCCACCCUCAUCCACCCCCCCCACCACCCCCCUCCAGGCCACCCCCCCCCCCCCCCCCACCCCCCCACCCCCCAGCCCCCCCCCAGCACCCACCAGCCCUCCCCCCCACCCCCCCACCUCCCCCCGAGCCCCCCCCCCCCCACAGCAGCCCCCCCCCCCCCCAGAGCCCCAGCAGCCCCACCCCCAGCACCCAGCAGCCCCCACCGCCCGCACCCCCAGCACCCCCACGCCAGCCACCCCCCCAGCACCCCCCACACCCCCCAGCCCACCCCAGCCCCCCCCACCCCAUCAGCCCAGCCACCUCCCCACCCCCCAGCCCCCCCCCCACCCCAGCCCCCCCCCCCCCCCAGCCACACCAGCACGCCCCCCCAGCCCCCCCCCCCAUCCCACAAUCCCAGCCCCCCCCCCCCCCCCACCAGCCAGCAGACACCCCCCCCCCCCACCACACGCCCCCACCAUCACACCAGCCAACCCCCCCCCCCCCCCCCCGCACCAGCCCCACCCCCACCCCCGCCCCACCCAGCCCCCCCCCCAGCAGCGCCCACACACCCCCCAGCCAGCCCCCCAGCCCCCAUCGCAGAGCCAGCCCCCCCCCAGCGAGCAUCCACCCCCCCAGCACCCCCCCCCCCACCCCCCUCAGCACCCCCCCAGCCCAAAGCCCCCCCCCCCACCCCCCCCCCAGCACCCCCCCGCCCAGCCCCCACCAGCCCCCCCCAGCCCCCCCCCCCCACCCAGCACCACAGCCCCCUCCCAGCCCCCCUCCAAGCAGCCCCAAGUCGCCCCCCAGCCACCACACCACCCCAUCCCCCGCCCCCCCCCCAUAGCAUCCCCCCCCCAGCCCACCCCCACCCCCCAGCCCCCCCCAUCAGCCCCCUCCUCCCCCCCCACCCCCCCACCAGCCCCCAGCCCCCAGCCAGCCAGCCCUCUAGCCCAGCCCCCCCAGCCCCGCCCGCCCCCCAGCCCAGCCCCCAGCCCUAGUACCCCCACCCUCCACAGCCCCCCCAGUCCCCCCCACCCCCCACCACCCCACCCAAAGCGCCAAGCCACCCCCAUGCCCCCCACCCGCAGCUUCAGCAGCACCACCCCACCGCCAGCACCCAGCAGCCAGCCACCCCCCAGAGGCAGGCCCCCCGCAGCAAGCCCCCGCCCCCAUCCCCCCAGCCCCACCCCACCACCCCACACUCACCAGCCAGCCCCCACCACCGGCCCCCAGCCCCCAGACCCCCCCCCAUCCCAGUCACCCCCCCCCCGCCCCCCAGCCCCUCCCCCCAGCCACCCCCCCCCGAGACACUCCCCCCUCCCCCCCCACAGGCAGACCCCCCUCCCCCCCACAGCACAGCCCCCUACCUCCCACCGCCAGCCCCCCACCCCCCCCCCCCCACACCGCCCCCCACCAGCCCCCCCCCCACAGCCACACCCCCCACAGCCCCCCCCCCCCCAAGCCAUGCCAGCUCCACCCCCCCCAGCACCGCCCCCCCCUAGCUCUACCAGCCCAUCCCCCCCCCACCCCCCCACCCCCAGCACCCGCAGCCAGCCCGGCACAUCACCCCACCACGCCCCCAGCUCCAGCCCCCCAGCAGCCCCCCACCCCCCCCCCCCCCCAGGCCCCCCCCCCAACCCCCCCCCCGCCCACCCCCCCCCCCCACCACCCCCCACCCCCAGCCAGUCCCACCCACAGCCACACGCCCCACCAGCCCCCCCCCCCCAGCAACAGCCCCUCCCCAGCCCCAGCAGCUUAGAGCCCCCAUCUCAGCCCAACCCCCCCCACCAGCCCAUCCCAGCCCCACCCCACCUCCACCCCCAGCCAGCCCUCCCAGCCCCCAGCCCCCAACAGCCACCCACCCCCCCCCCCCCCCCCCCCCCCCCCCCCCCCCACCACCCCACCCCAGCCCAGCACACACACCCGCCCCCAGCCCCACCCCCCCCCCAGCCCCACCCAGCAGGGAGCCCAGACAGCCAACAACCCACCCCCCCACCCUCCCCCCCCCCCCACCCAUGCCCCCACACCCCCUACCCCACCCCCCCCCAGCCCCCUCCCACCACACCGCCCAGCACCCCCCAGCCCCAGGCCCCCGAGGCACCCCCCAACCCCAGCAGCCCCAGCAGCAUGCACCCCACCCCCCCAGCCCCCCCCCACCCCCACCCCCCACAGCCCCCCCACCCACCAACACCCCCCCAGCCACCCCCCCCCCCCCCCCACCCCCCCCCCAGCCCCCCCCCCCCCCCCCCCCCACCAGCUGCCCCCCCACCCCCCAGCAGCAGCCCCCCCCCGCCCACCCCCAGCCAGGUGACGCCCCCCACCCCCCCCCCCCCCCCAGCACCCCACCCGACCCCCAGCACCACCCCCCCACCCCCUUCCGCGCAGCCCCCCCCCCCCCCACACCCCCCCAGCCCCCCCACCCCCAGCCCCCCCAGGCCCAGCCCCCCCCCGACACCCCCCCUCCCCCCCACCCCCCAGCCAUCCCCACCCCCGCCCCACCCCCAGCCCCGCCAGCACACCAGACCAGCCCCCGCCCCACCACCACAGCCCAGCCCCCCCUCCCCAGCAACCCCCAGCCCACCAGCCCGAGCACCCCCCCCCAGCACCCCAACCGCAGCCCCUCAGCCAACCACCAUCCCGCCACCACCAACAGAAGCAGAUCACGCACCCCCCCACCCACCAGCCCCGCCCCACCCCAUCACCUAG